CAGAAUCACAGUUUGCUCUCGUUCACCUGAGUUCACCUGCUUUAGUUAGUAGUAAACUUAGUUAUGUGUUGUGUUUAAAUUUAUGCAGUGACAAUGAGUAAUGGAGGCAAGAGAUACUUUAAUAAGAAGAACAAGAGUGGAAACUGGUUUAUUCCCACGGUUGUGUCACAGACUGAACAAACACGUGAUCUGUGCAUGAGCACAGGUUCAAUGCUGGCACAUGGAGUUCCUCAAGCCCUGACACAAGAAGAGGAGAGAUAUCCCAAAAUAUUCAUCGAUCCUGAAAAGAAAAUAAUGGGCAGAGAAUAUCCACUGUCAGCACAUGAUAACCGCACAGCACUGCAGCACUCUGUUGACGUGUAUGAUCAGGGUUUCGGCCGUAAGAAAUGUUUUGAUGAGCGUCGCCAGCAUAACUCUCAUUUCUACCUGUGCCAUUAUGAUGAAGCCUUGAGUCCGGAUAGCACAGCACAGUGGGACCACUCAGCUUAUCGAACCGACUUCCUGCCUAAACAGGAAACAGAGGGCAGAGAAGACACACUCAGAAGACGCUUCCCCAGAGAUCACUCAGCGAGGUCUCAAAUGAACACUACGGAUCAGGCCGAGGAGUGUUUCAUGUGGUUUGGGAGGGAUGACUCUUACCAGAACACUCCACUAAGUGUACUAGCAGUCACCAACCUCUCAUUAACCCCUUAAAAUAACACAAUCAGAGAUGAUCAGACUUCAGUUACUGUUUGUGACACAAGCAUGAUACUCUAAUGUCAUUCUCUGCUUUAACCAGCAGAGGUCAGUGUCCUAUUGUCUGUCUAUGCUGGGCAUGACCACUAGAGUACUAUAGCUUUGCAGGGUCACAAAUUCUGAAAUCUGUUUCACUAUGUAAAGAGCAUCAGUUUUGAAUGUGAUAUACUGUAUAAUAAGAAAACAAUAAACAGUUUCAGC